AUGGAGAGGGUAGAUUGUGGAAGCACAGUGGCUAAUAGAGUGAUGGUGCAUUCGCAGACAUCUACCUCCCAAAAGUGGGUCUGCAUUCGCAAACCUCAAAUCAUUCCCGUGAUCAACAAUAGACUAGGUCCCUGCCCCUGCUCCUCUUUUACAGAUACUAUGCAUUCUGUUUGUUAUCAGGCAGCCCAACAGUGCACGCACAACAAUAAAACUUACUGGACAGGGAUAAGAGUAAACAGAAGCCCAGCCCCCACAGAGGGUGGUAAUCUAGCCUCUUCUCUUUGCUCACCUGGAGCAAAGAUAUGUUGGAACUUGGAGGCCCCACUGGGAUAUACGGAUGGUGGUGGCAUCCAGGACAGGGUCUGGGAGAUAAAAGUCCAACAAGAAAUUCAACAACGGCUAAAGACCCUGUACCUUGAGCUCAAUUACCAUCCUUUAGUCAUCCCCGAGAACAGAGGAGAUCUAAACCUCGAUCCCCACACUCAGGACUUGCUUGAACUGACUCAUGCACUCAUAAACAGCACCAAUCCUAACUUAGCCCGUGAUUGCUGGCUCUGCCCUAAGGUCGGAGCUCCCCGACCCCUUGCAGUUAUUGUCAACACCUCCGACCCAGUCAACCUCACGGCGACUCUUAAUUGUACUGUGACCUCUCCCAUCCCGGUUCAGCUGAUGCCUAUGACAAAGGGUCCCUGUGUCCGGGCUCCACCCUAUCCCAAUGCUUCCCGGACUGAUAUAGGGAGUGUCUCUCCCGAGUUCUGUAGCUUAAAUAUCUCCUUGGAAACUCCCAUGGACUCCUGCCCCCCUGAAGGCAUGGCCAUGGCAUGUGGAGGUGGGCUGGCCUACAGCUUUCUGCCAGCUAACUGGACGGGCCUUUGUGUCUUCGUCAUUCUGCUCCCUGACAUCGACAUAAUAUCUGGCAAUCAGUCCCCUCCUGUCCCCUCCUUUGACUACAUCGGAGGCAAGAGCAAGAGAGCUAUUCAAAUGAUCCCCCUAUUAGCCACCUUAGGAAAAACCGCAGGGUUGGCUACAGGGACCACAGGACUGGGGAUAGCCACUCAUGGAUUUAGAAUGCUUUCUUUGCAGCUAAUCAAUGAUGUACAGAUUCUGUCAGACACCCUGCUAGACAUCCAGAAACAGCUUGAUUCCUUAGCGGAGGUUGUCUUACAGAAUAGAAGAGGGUUAGAUUUACUAACUGCUGAAAAAGGGGGGAUAUGUUUGUUCUUACAGGAAAGAUGCUGCUUUUACACCAACAAAUGUGGCAUUGUUCAAGAUAAGAUCAGAAACCUUCAGGAACAACUAAACAAGCGGCGUGAAGAAUUACGGAGCAAUCUCCUCUGGACUGGACUCAAUGGCCUUCUUCCCUACCUUCUGCCCUUACUUGGGCCCCUUCUUGCCACUUUACUUGUAAUAUCUUUUGGCCCUUGGGCCUUUAGAAGGAUUAUAGCCUUCAUUAAGGGUCAGACUGAUGACCUUGCAGCCAAACCUAUUCAGGUGCAUUAUCACCGGUUGGAGCUUGAGGACCGAGAGGCCCCCUACGGGCAAGGCGGAUUUGAUGACAACGUUUCCAGUCAUCCCUUCAAGAGCUGA